AUGUUCAUCGCCAGAAGGUCGUUUACCUCUGCCACUCGGUGCCUACGAGAAGCUACUGCAGAGUCAGGUUCGCUGUCAAGCACGGGCUUCUUCGGUAGUGUCCGAUCGAUGUUUGGUAAGCUGCAAAGACAGCUAGAGUUGGAGAAGAGGGAGGAGAGGGAGAAUGCCAAUAAUCCAUAUAUUCAAUAUCCUGUGGUGACAAAGGAACAGAUGACGUAUAUCUCAAAUGAUAGGUUUAAGUUCCAGUUGGGCCAUGCGCUGUUUGCACAUCACUCCACUGUGUCUGACCCUACGGUUCAUUCGUUAAGUGACUUGACAGAUCCAACUCAACUUAAUAGUCUUUUGCCGAGAAGAAGGCCUCAGGGGUCUCCAGCAGAUACGCUUUCGAUUAAAGCUGGCGACGAUGCCAUGUUGGUGUCGCCUACGGUGAUGGCUAUCGCCGAUGGAGUGUCUGGUUGGGAGUCCAAGGGAGAACAGUGUUCGCUGGGGAUCUGGUCGAGAUCCAUGGUGGAGACUUUGAGUCGACUCAUGACGGAAUACAAGUUGAACACGACGCCACACCACCUUAAUAAGCGUGACAUUGAUCAGAUCUUGGACGAUUCGUAUUUGCAUACUUCUCACUUGAUGGACCUCCAGGACUUGCGGGGCUCUUCUACGCUUGUCUUGUGCAUGUUGAGUGGAGAGUUCCUCAAGAUGAUCAGCAUAGGCGACUCUAAGAUCUUGAUUGUUCGUAAAGGUGAAAUCAUCAAGACGAACGAAGAACAGCUCGUUUCUGAAUUAUGCCCACAGCAAAUCGGCACGCAGACCCUUAAUGUCAUGCCUUCUGAAGUUGCAUGGGUUGAUUCGAUCAAACUACAGCCGGACGAUAUCAUUGUUAUGUGCUCUGAUGGCAUUACCGAUAAUUUGCAUGAAUGGGAAAUCGCCCAUAUGAUAGACGAGUACGCACACUUUAAGAACAACGACAUGAGGGCUGUGGCUAACAAAAUCCUCAGAAAGGCAAAACUGACCGCCUAUGAUGAUAAUGCCUACACCCCUUAUAACGAAAUGGUCAACAAGCUUCCUGAAAACAGAUUUGGUAAGAACAUCAGUUUGGGUGGUAAGCUUGACGACAUGUCCAUCUGUCUUGCAAGAGUCGUACCUAAUAUCAAACCUCAAAAAAAUUCAGCGCUGUCGAAGAAGGCUUCCGGUGCUCCUUCAAAACCACCUGGUCCUCUCAGGGCCCCUUCAACAUACUACGAUCUUUAA